AUGUAUGGCUGCUCCCUAAACCGGACGGCUGGCUCGAUUGUCACCGCUCUCGUCCGGUCGAGGGGUCGUCAAGAGGUCACCUCUCCAAACGGACUCUUUUCCAGCGCCCUUUUCGGCAGAGUACAAACUUUUGACCAAACGCUGGGGCCACUUGUGCCGUCGCCGCGGGCCGCUCGCUCUGGUCACUUGUCGACUGUUCGACGUUUGAGCAGGUGUCACGUUUGGGGCUCGUCAAUGUUUGUCCACAUCCGACGCUUCGUGCGCCGUGCGCUUUGUGCGACCGAAAAUAUCACCCGUGGCCCCCGACUUCGUUCGCAGGCGUCGCUCCCUCCGAGCCCGUCUCGUAUGUUACCCAACUACACGGAGAGCUCUGAAAUCACGGUACUCAUCCAGUACUGCGGCACCUGUUUCCUCGCGGGAGGUCACUCCUUCGCCCACGACACGCGGAGCGCGUGGCGCGCCAAGCUGUGUCAACAUUGUCGCCAGCCUCUGUUGAUUUUUCUAUUAAGCCCGGAG